UGUAGCACUGUUGCAGGCUCACGUGACAUGCCUGCCGUGAAUCAUGUUUGUUCUGCUUCCAUCUGGUGUUCUUUGUGUGGACACACUGUUGUACUUCAGGUGCAGUAAACUCUCUUAACUCUGGCUUUCACACCUGAAAACCUAUGACACACUCAUGAGAAAGAAAAAAAAAUCAGAUUCCAACUAAUUUUAAAAGUGGCAGCAGGACUUCAUUAGUAUAAUUUUAUUCUUAUCAUUUCAAAAUGUCACAUCAAUCAUAGCCUAUUUAAAUACAUUAACACAAUCCUAAACCCAUCCAACCACUCCAUGCAACUUCAAAAGAAAAGAAAACCAGUGUGAUUUCCUAUAAGAGGAGGAGCCCAUUUUUGAGGAAACUUAACUGGAGGAGGAGCUGAAUCAAGUUUACAUGUGUGAGGAGCUGGAUGAAAAUUACCUGUGAUUGGAAGAUUCUGAUAGAGUAGGACGGUUGUUCCAGUAGAACUUGAUUUGAUCACCCCACAUCUUUUUUUUUUUUAUUUUACUACUUGGACUCCCAUGUCUCUUGUGGCACCUAUUUCCAAACCACCUUUCUGCACACUUGAAGCGCUGACCUGCAGUAUGCAGCAACCGGUAAGGCAGAGACUGAGACCUUGGCUGGAGGAACAGAUUCAGUCCGGGAAGUAUCCAGGUGUCAGCUGGCUGGAUCAGUCAGCUUGCAUCUUCCAGAUUCCAUGGAAACACGCAGCUCGCCAUGGUUGGAGCAUUGACCGGGAUGCUACGCUCUUCAGGAGUUGGGCUAUGCACACAGGAAAGUACCGUCCAGGCAGAGACAAGCCAGAUCCCAAGACAUGGAAAGCAAAUUUCCGGUGUGCCUUGAAUUCCCUACCGGACAUCUGUGAACUGCGGGAGCACAGCAGGAAGCGAGGCAGCAACGCCUACAGAGUCUACAGGAUGCUGCCCAGUUCUCAAACACGCAGACGAAGGAGAACAGGACUGUUCCACAGGCCGCAGGAGAGGCCGAGAGGUUUGGAAAACUCCAGAAGUGAUGACACAUACACCUCACAGCAAACCUGGCAGCCUACAACAGCACUACCUGUUACAGACCCACCACAUAAGGUGGAGACCUGUGUACAACACAGCUUUAACAGCCCUGAAGUACAAGGAAUGUGGGAAUCCAAACCUGUGGAUCAGGAACCAAGUGAGGCUGUCUGUAAGCUAAUGGACCAUUUAGGCAGCACUGACCUCUGGAACCAGACAUGGGAGCAGAGAGGAUGGAGGACACACACUCAGUGGGAACAACCGCAAUGUGCUGGUGAGGAGAACCCGUAUCCUCUACAGACGGAGGACUACAGUGAUCUGUUUGGCCCAAACUACAUCAAAGAACUCUCAGACUGGUCCACACAUCAGCAAACACUGAUGCUGUAGCUGUUUGUCUUCUCUUUUUGUUCUGUAUUUAUCAUACAUUUGUUUAAAUGACAAUUUCCUUUAUAUACUUCUGGUUGUUUCCUUGUUUCUGUUGAGCUGACUGCAGAAUGAGUAACCUGAAUGAAAUAAAGCUGGGGAGCAACAGACGUUAUUGCUGUGUCAAUCAGCCUGCGUGCUGGGAACGCUGGAAUGAGAGGAUCUGGUUCCAAGCCAAGCUUUAGUGCUGCUGUCAUCAUUUGUGUUCACUCUGGUUCAAUGACUCAGACUCAUUAAAAAGACUCCAACUGCACAGCAGAGCUUUCAGAGUAAACAGCUCAGAUUUCACCCAAGCGCAGGAUUUGGUAUUGAUCUCCUGUCUAUUUUUGACGGUCUCUGGAUGUUUUUACUAAUAACAAUUAGGUCAGAGCAAGAAAAUAAAACAAGAAACAUAAUAAUGUGUGUGUUUGUGUUUUUAAGCUCAAUUCAUAAUUUGCUCUAAUUUCUUUUUACAAAGAAAAUUGAGUUCAGCCUCAUUUUGUUAUGCAUGGCAUAAAAAAAUGUGAUUCUUUGUCUUUGUGAGUUUUUUUGUUAUUGUUGCUGGUUUUGAAGAAUUGUCUGAUUUUGUUUUUUUUUAUGUCAGUUUGACCACCAGUUUUAUGCCUUUAUUGUGAAUUAUGAAUGAAAAAUUAAACAUGGUUUGUGCAUAA